AUGCCAACAAAGAUUGAUUUGACAAGUCCAAUAGAAGUAAUUGGUGAACAAUUUGUUGUCUGUGUAGGAGGAUCCAUUUCAAUCUUCCAAUCAAAUGGACAGGUUGAAAAUAAAACAGAUAUAGAAUGUGGAGAAUACCUUUCUCAUGGACAUGACAUAUUUGCAAUCAAAAAAGGGAUUAAAACACGACUAUAUAAAAUACCACAACUUAAUAUAAUUUAUUCCUAUUCAAUUAACAACACAAGUCCUACAGCAUAUCAUGAUCCUAUGGUACUUAACAUAUUUGAUGUUGCAUAUACAGCAAUUACAUCAAAUAAUAUCAUUGAAGUAAGAUCACCAAAUGACUACAAAAGUGUUGAAUAUCUUAAUAUUCCUUUCUAUCAUCCAAAUGACGUAUUGUUUAAUUCUAGUCAAACAAACAUCCUUCAAACGUAUGGAAGUAUAAUUGUAAUUGGAUUAUUUGGACAUGAUAAUGGAAGUGGAGCAGUUGAAAUGUAUUAUGACAACUAUGCAGUUCUUCACAAACACCAUAUUAGAUUUACAAAGAUUGGAAGAAUAUCUAUUGGAGAACAUUAUGACUUUAAAGGAUAUACCACCACAUUAGAUGGAGAAGAAGUUCUUGUUGGGGGAAUGUAUUCAAAUAUAAAUGACCAUCCAUAUGUAAUUGAUAUAAGAAAUUCAUUAAAAAAAUACUGUAAUCAGAAUGAUUGUACAUGUCCAAAUGGGUAUUAUCUCAACGAAGACACAUGGAAAUGCUAUAUCGUGAUUGACAUUGGAAGCAUUAUCAUUAUUCAACUUAUUUCUGUGUUAAUUUUCAUUGCAUCUAUGAUUCUUCUUGUAAUUAUAUAUCGAGGAUGGGCGUUAGCAUCACCAGCCAUUCCCCCACUCAUUACACCAUCAUGGCUCACAUUUGGAUUCAAUGAGGAGGCACCAGUCCACACCCAAAUAGAAGAAACACUAACAAUAACAAAUGCAUCUGACACAUUAAUGGAAUGCAAAGUGGAACUACCCAUCAGUUAUCGAAUUAGUUAUUGUGCUAAACCGCAAUACAUUGACAUUAAACCACAUUCAAGUGAAAAAGUGAGAAUAUGCAUUACAAUAGAAUGUAGUUGUCAACCAAAUGAAGGAAUUGUCAUAAGUACAGGAGAAUCUGCAGUGAGGAUUCCAUUAGUCAUCAAAACAGUAGAUGAUUAUGUGAUUGAUUCGGAAAAUCUCAUAGAACAAAGAAUUAGAUGUCAAAGUUGUAUUGGCGUUUUUAGGGAUUGUGUUUUUAAGUCACAAAAUAAAGAAAGUGGAGUUGUACUAGCAUUACCUUUAGAACCAGCAUUACAUGAGAGCAGUAUAAAUCAUAUUAAAUCUUUAAUAGUUGAAUCCCAAUAUUUAUGUUCUCCACAAAAAGUUGCACUAUCUCCAAAUGCAUUAAUUCUUGUUUACAACACAUUUUAUUCCACAAUAAAUGAAUUAGACCAAAAUAAUGAAAUUCUUAUUAUCAAAGUAUGUUGUGAUGCUAUUGAAGGAUUGAUUGAGUUAAAGAAAAAAGGGAUUGUAUUCAAACAACUGUGUCAACACAAUAUUGUUGUUGUAUCAACUGAUUUGAAACAAGUGUGUGGAAAGUUAAUUGGAUGGGAAUUACCAUAUCAUCUAUUUCCUCCAUCACUUCAUCCUUGUUGUCAAAAUUAUUCAAAAGAAUGUGAAGAUGGAGAAAAUGAAGACAUAAAAGCAUUUGGGAAUGUUUUGAGUCAUUUACUGGAUGAAUCAAAUCAAACAAUUCAUAAGAUUUGUGAAGAUUUCAUUAAAUGUACUGAUACAAUUACAUUGGAAAAUAUCAAAAACCAAUUAGUUUUGUAUUUGAAUCAAGUCCAACAAACAAGAACGAAUCAAAACAUAAUUUACACAUAA